AUGAAAAAUUCAGUGGUUCAAGAGACUAAACCAAUCGUUGCUGGUUAUGUUUAAAAGCAUUAGCAGCAACUCUAGUACAAGGCUAACAUAUUAAACGGUGACAUCACAGCUCAUCUUGGAAAAGAGACUGUAUAACAAGUAGGUGUAGGCAAAUAGCAAUAAAAUUCAUCAGUUCAAAACUUUAAUCCCCAAGUCAAUUUAAACAAUAAUAAACCAGAGAGUAAUAAUGCUAACAAAAAUAGUGAUGCACCUAUUCCCCCUAAAGAUGAAGUAGGAAGGAAGUAGUAAAAGCCUUUGACUAACAGAAUUAGAUCAGCUAGUUCGAGUAAAGCACUUAUUUCUUAGUAAUCCAAUUCAAAGGGGAUGAUUUAAGUUAAAGAUGAAAAUGUAAAAUAAUAAAUUAAUCAAGUUUCCUCAAAGGAAAGAAUAACUACUAAUAAUGGCUUUGAAAGGUAGUUAUCAUCAUAGAAUAAUGGGAUGGGCUUGUGGGUUCAUGGAGGGAACAAACCAAAUGUAUCAAAUUAUUCUUAACAAAAUGAAAACCUCCCACCUAUCAGCAACAAAAGAGCUUCUUAGCAAUAAUUCAACAAGCAAUAAUCCACUCCUGUGGCUAAAAGUCUUCUCUCAGAUAUUGAUUCGAAGGUUGAAAAAUCACUAGUAUAAAUAUUAGAGUAAAAAUACUAAGAAGCAGCCCAAGCUCAUGACAGAGCAGAACUUUUGAAAGAGAAGGCUUAGUUUGAAUGCGACUUGGCCAAAAAGGAAAAGUAGAAGUACUUAGAUCUCUAUAACUAGACAGUCUUUGAUCUGACUUCUUUAAGAUAGAAGCAUGAGGAUUUAGAGUAAAAGCAUCAAGAAAAUUCUACUAGAGUAUAGCAAAUGAACUUCGAAAAUCAAAAGCUUGUUUAACAAAUAGAUAUGCUCAGUAAGAACAGCGAAUCUUAUCAAAAAUUGUAUCAGCAGGAAUAAAGAGCUAGAGAAAAUGAGGCAAUCUAAAACUAAAAUAAAAUACGCGAGCUAGAGGACUAGCUGGGUGAAUAUGAAGAGGAGCAUAUGAACUUAUAGAAUCAACUCUAUCAAUAGAAAAAUCAAAUAGAAAUACUUAUGAAAAAUCAAGGAGGAAUGGCUAAUGCAUCUUAAAUGGAUAUUAGUUAAAUAAGCAAGUCAGGUUAAAAGAAACCAGUUUAGGCUAAGGAUGAUUUUGAAGAUUGUUUUGGAUCGGGUGAAGAUAAUAUAGAGAACUAAAACAGAUAAAAUGUGAAUCAGCCAAGCAAUAUUGAGGAUGAUGGCUUGGAUGAUAAAACUAAAAAGAUCUAGGAGUUAAUUCAAGAUAUGAUUUAAAUGCGCAAAAGAUUAAAGAAGGAAGAGGAGUCAAGAAGACAGUACUAGGAUAUAGCUAGAAAGAAGGAAGAUGAGAUAAAGAAAAUGAAAUAAGAUUUAAAUCAGGUAGAGAGGAAACUUUAGGAAGAAGAGGGACUUAAAAAUAGAGAGAAAAACCUAGUGAUGCAAAGAGAUAACAAGAUCAAAGUUCUUGAAGACAAAAUAAAGCAGAUAGGAUAAGAACCUCAAUUCUAAUCAAAUGAUGGUGCAGCUUAAAAGAAGCAAGAUAAAGUACAGCAAUAGAAAGCUAAGAACAUGAUGAAAUACAAAGGCUAGAUAGAACCCAAAGAGGAUAAGAUAGUCAAGAUGAAAGACUCUGAUAAGUUACUUAUGAUGGAAAAUAACAAUAAAAAUGACAAUGUACCUCAAAAUAACAAGAAUAAGAGCAAACAGGUAAAAUUUGCAGCCAAUCAAAUGUCAGAUGGUGAUAGUAGUGAGGAGGAAAAGGUAAAUAAUAAUUAGACUGAGUUAAAACCUGUAAAAGCUAGGCUAUUCCUGUUUGGACCUGUAGAUGAUAUGUGA